CAACAAUACAGGUCAACAAACAGUUCACACAAUUUCCGAAUAAAAUUGUGUAAAGUUAUGAAAAAACCACAGCUGUGCCGCCUACUGUGGGCGCGGCGUAUCCAUGUGAGCCCAAAUCCCGUCUGGCAAAAGGUGCCAAUGUCCAAGUUCGAGAAGGACGACUUUUUGCCGUACGCGAAGCUGGCGGGUGCCUUGAACUGCAUCAAGUCGCGUCUCAAGCGACCGCUGACCCUCUCCGAGAAGGUGCUGUACUCGCACUUGGACGAGCCGGAAACGCAGGACAUCAAGCGGGGUGAGUCGUAUCUGCGGCUGCGUCCCGAUCGUGUGGCCAUGCAGGAUGCCACCGCACAGAUGGCCCUGCUGCAGUUUAUUUCGUCGGGCCUCAAAAAGGUGGCCGUUCCGUCGACGGUGCACUGCGAUCAUUUGAUCGAGGCCCAGGUCUGCGGCAUCGAGGAUCUGGCCCGCGCCAAGGACAUGCACAAGGAGGUGUACGAUUUUCUGGCCAGCGCCUGCGCCAAGUAUGGCCUGGGCUUCUGGAAGCCCGGCAGCGGCAUCAUCCAUCAGAUCAUCCUGGAGAACUAUGCCUUCCCGGGGCUCCUGAUGAUCGGCACCGACUCGCAUACCCCCAACGGUGGGGGCCUGGGCGGCCUGUGCAUUGGCGUGGGCGGUGCCGAUGCCGUCGAUGUAAUGGCCAACAUUCCGUGGGAGCUCAAGUGCCCCAAGGUCAUUGGCUGCAAUCUCACGGGCAAAAUUAGUGGCUGGACAUCGCCCAAGGAUGUCAUCCUGAAGAUGGCCGAAAUCUUGACCGUCAAAGGGGGCACUGGGGCCAUCAUCGAGUACCACGGCAGUGGCGUGGAGUCCAUCUCGUGCACAGGAAUGGCCACCAUUUGCAACAUGGGGGCGGAGAUUGGGGCCACCACAUCGCUCUUUCCGUUCAAUCAGCGUAUGGCCAAAUAUCUGUGUGCCACCGGCAGGGGCGAGAUGGCUGCGCUGGCGGAAAAGUACCAGAAGGAGCUCCUAACGGCAGACAAGGAUUGCAAGUACGAUCAGCUGAUCGAAAUCAAUUUGGAUACUCUGGAGCCCCUGGUGAAUGGACCCUUUACCCCGGAUCUGGCUCAUCCCAUCAGCAAAUUGGGAGAGAACUCCAAGAAGAACGGAUAUCCCAUGGAUAUAAAGGUUGGUCUAAUCGGCUCCUGCACCAAUUCCUCGUACGAGGACAUGGGCCGCUGUGCCAACAUCGCCAAGGAUGCCCUCAGUCACGGCCUCAAAUCGAAUAUACCCUUUAAUGUGACGCCAGGAUCGGAGCAGAUCCGCGCCACCAUCGAACGGGAUGGCAUGUUCGAGGUUUUCGAAAAAUUUGGCGGCACUGUGCUGGCCAACGCCUGUGGCCCGUGCAUCGGCCAGUGGGACCGCAAGGACGUGAAGAAGGGCGAGAAGAACACCAUCAUGACGUCGUACAAUCGCAACUUUACGGGCCGCAACGAUGCAAAUCCUGCCACCCAUUGCUUUGUGACCAGCCCCGAAAUGGUCACGGCUCUGUCCAUUUGCGGACGCCUCGACUUCAAUCCCCUCAAAGACGAACUGCAGGGUACGGACGGCAAGAAGUUCAAGCUGAAGGCACCCCAUGGCGAGGAGCUGCCGGCCAAGGGCUUCGAUCCGGGACAGGACACGUACACGGCUCCACCGGCCAGCGGUGAUGAUGUCAAGGUGGUCGUCGAUCCCAAGUCCGAGCGCUUGCAGGUCCUGGCCCCCUUUGAGAAGUGGGACGGCAAGGACUAUGUGGAUUUCACGGUACUCAUCAAAAUCAAGGGCAAAUGCACCACCGAUCACAUCUCGGCGGCGGGGCCGUGGCUCAAGUAUCGCGGCCAUUUGGACAACAUCUCCAACAAUCUGUUCAUCGGCGCCACCAACGCGGAGAACAACGAGAUGAACAAACUGAAGAAUCAGAAGUCGGGCGAGUAUGCCGCCGUUCCGGCGGUGGCACGCGACUACAAGGCCAACAAGAUCAAGUGGGUGGCCGUGGGCGAGGAGAACUACGGCGAGGGCUCGUCGCGGGAGCAUGCCGCCCUGGAGCCGCGCCACUUGGGCGGUGUGGCCAUCAUUGUCAAGUCGUUUGCCCGCAUCCACGAGACGAAUCUUAAGAAGCAGGGCAUGCUGGCCCUGACCUUUGCCAAUGCCGGCGACUACGACAAGGUGAAGCCCGACAGCAAGAUCUCGCUGCUGAAUCUCAAGGAUCUGGCCGCCGGCAAGCCCGUCGACUGUGAGAUCAAGAACGGCGGCAGCUCCGACAAGAUACAGUUGAAUCAUUCGUUUAACGAUCUCCAGAUCAAGUGGUUCCAAGCUGGCAGUGCCUUGAAUCUGAUGAAGGAACUGGCCUCCGGUGGGGGCAAGGGUGACGGCAAGGGCAAGGGUGAAGAAAAGCCCAAGUAGAAACCCAACACCGACUUCUAUGGGCCAUGGCUUCAAGCUUUUAAUUUAUCGUUUUUCCCAUUCAAUUUUUACGUAUACACAUAUGGCAUUAGGCCUGAUUGGUUUCUCUUUUAUGGAACCCCGUUUUAAAUAUGAUAAUACAA